AUGCUGCUCAACGAAGCUAGCAACGGUAAUAUUGGCAAAACUAACAACAACAACUUGUCAAUGUCCAACAACCACCCAUCCACAACAGCGCCAACAAAUCCACUUUUCGGCAACAGGCCAUCUCUCAUGGAACAAACCGUACCAACAUCCCCUUUGUUGACGUAUUCCUUUUUGAACAGCCCAACACAUGCGGGAUCUCCUCUUCUUGGUGACACAAAAGAUAUUCCUCAGUUAUCCUUGUCCAUGAUGAAUAUGUCUCUCAACAGCUCUGAUAGUUUAAUCUCAACUAGUACCUCUCCAAGUAAACUACCAUUUGGUAAUGGUACUCAUCAACAAUCACUUUCUUUGGAUUCGGAUCAUAUCCGUCAGAGAGAUUUUACUUUUGAUGGAUCUUUCUCAAGACAACGAGGAAAUUCUAAUGGCUUUCCACCUAUCGGAGGUCAUUUACCCAAGUUGUCUCCAAGACUUGAUGUCAACACCACUAAUACUGUAUAUAAUCAAAGCAUUUCCAACAAUGCCAGCAGAUAUAAUCCUCAAUCUCCUGCUCUUGCGUCAUCAAAUCCAUUCAUCGACUCUAACCAUGGAUUUGUUGGAAGCCCUCUUCUUGGACCUAACACUACUUCCAAUAACAAUUCCGCAAGACAACAAAAUAUCAAGCCUGCAUUUGCUGGUUAUCCUAACCAAAAUAUCAUUAUGAAUAGUCAGAAAACACUCUUCGGAUCAGCAGGUGACCAUGUAAGCAGUAUGGAUCAACCAACAUCUUUUGGUGGAGUUGGUGCUGGUGGAAUGAUUCCAAUAUCUCCAGGUAUUUCUCCAAACAAUUCUCCACGCCAUUUUGAAUUUUCUUCUGGAAAAGUUCCUCAUCAAACUCGUGCCUUGCUUCAGGGUGGAAGAAGCAACAGUAUGCCUCCAAUUCCUGCGUUUUCUAGCGCUUACUCCAAAACUGAUGGUGAUUUGGAUCGAAAUUUUAUGAAAUUGUUGGAGGAUGACGAAUCAGACGCCUUCGACGUUGGACAUAGCGGUUGGUAUCCUCAAAACAAUGGAUCUUACAAUGGAUUUGCAGAAGAGCAAUACGUAGUUGGUCAGUUAGAAAUGUCUCCAUCACAAGGCAGCCCUCUCAUUAGCCAUUCAUAUCACGGAUAUUUGGACGGAAAUGCAGAUUACUCUGGAUACAAGAUUAUGCCACCAACUAAUUAUGGACACAAAUAUUCAAAUUCAUUUGGAUCAUUUUCAGGUCCAAACACUUCUAACGUCCAAAUUUCCACUAAUUUUAAUCAAGCUAAUUAUGCCAACCAAACAGAUAUUGUCUCUCCAACUGGAGACUCAACUGACAGCAGCGAAGGAGAAGGCAAAGGACACAAACAUCCAGGAGAAUAUCCUUCAAGAACUCUCUUCGUUAGAAACAUUUCUAGUAACGUUGACGACCAAGAGCUUAGGCAGCUUUUCGAAAGUUUUGGCCCAAUUAGACAAAUGUAUACUUCGUGUAAGCAUCGUGGAUUCGUUAUGAUCACAUAUUUCGAUAUUAGACAUGCGAAACAAGCCAAGAAGAACUUGCAGUCAAAGCUUAUCAAGAAGAGAAAAAUCGACAUUCAUUACUCGAUUCCAAAAGAGAAUCCUCCAGAAAAGGAACAACUCAACCAAGAAACCUUGGUGGUUUUUAAUUUGGAUCCAUCUAUUACAAAUGAAGAACUAAAGACAAUUUUCACUCAAUUUGGAGGUGAUGUUAAGGAAAUUAGAGAAACUCCAAACAAGAAGUUCCACAAGUUCAUUGAAUUCUAUGACACUAGAGAUGCUGAGAGAGCAAUGAAACAACUAAACAAAACCGAGCUCAAAGGAAAGAAGAUCAAGAUUGAAUACUCUAGGCCUGGUGGCUUAAGAAACAGAUCCUCUGACUCUGGAUCAAACGAAAGUCCUACCACCGUAGGUACUCCUGAUGCUAUUGAGAUUACUACUUCCACAUCACUCCCAACUACUCCAAACAUGGACGUGCAUUUAUCAUCACCACCCAAGAAUGAUGCUCUUCUCCAUCCUGGAAUCAAGUCCAGACGUCCCAGAGCCAUUAGUGCUGAAGAAAAGGAGCAAUUUAAACUUGAUUUGGAAAAGGUUAGAUGUGGUAUUGAUAAAAGAACCACUCUCAUGGUCAAGAACAUACCAAACAAGUACACUCAAAAGAUGCUUUUAGAGACAGUUGAUGCCGAGUUCAAGACAGCCUAUGACUUCUUCUACCUCCCAAUUGACUUUAAGAAUAAGUGUAACGUUGGUUAUGCUUUUAUUAAUUUUAUUGAUCCAAAACAGAUCAUCCCGUUUGUUGAGAGGUUCAACAAUAAGAAAUGGGAAAAGUUUAAUAGUGAAAAAGUCUGUGACAUCACAUAUGCCAGAAUUCAAGGAAAGACAGCUCUUAUUAAUCACUUCCAAAAUUCCAGCCUUAUGUGUGAAGAAGAAGAUUGCAGACCUAUCUUCUAUUAA